CAAGAGCAGGCACGCGACUCAAGAACGGCCAGAAUCGCCGCAGCUUUCGUACGGAGCGCACGCCGACGUCACUCGCGGCUCACACCCGCCUCGCGAUACGCACGAGUGUUCAAAUUAUAUUUCAGUAAAGAAAUCAAAGUGCAUCAAAGUAUUUACCUGAAGCAAUCAUGCGGAACUUCGUACGAUCACUAGUAUUGCUGGUGUCUUUGGCGGCCACGUUCGCGGCCCCGGCGCCCGGCGCCAGCGCCAACUCCGACAGCCACCUAGACAAGGUGGAGCCGUCCACGCACGAGCUGCUCAGUUCCCUCGGCUUGAAGAAGCUGAGGAUACCCGCGGCGCACCACAGGAAACGCCUCGCCGAGCAGGGCAGGAGGCACGCUACCGGGGACUCCAGGAUGUACGUCAUCAAACUGCCUCCUAACACGAGCUACUACAGUCACGCGGAACCCGCCCCAGCCGCAGCAAGGACCCUGCCGCUACAAAUGACUAGUAAUGGCAAACCUGCCCGCGUCUACCAUUGGAACAUUCCAGUGCUACAAAAGUUCGCGAAAAACCGACCGCAAGCGAGGUUUGACGAUGACAUAGUGGACGUGGAGAGCACGCCGACAUGGCCCAAAGCGAUCAGUCAUCCGAACUCGCUCGACGCGCUGGCGUAUUACGUGCCGGCAAAGAAAAACUCUUUCAGAAAAUAUUUCUCCGGCAACGGCAAACCUAAGUCCUUCUACAUAAUCGAGAAGAAUAAGAAGGCCGCCGAGUAUCAUAAGUUAUUGCCUUAAUCGGAUUAUUACGUACGUUCCCGGUAGAUGUAAAAGUAAAAUGAUAUGCAAUCAAUUGAGUCUGAACCUUUCGAGUCGAUAGCUGAACAAAAUAUCGGUGAUCAUUCUUAUUUAUUUCAUUCUUGUAACACUCAUCCUUCAUAUUUGUAAAGCUUAAUGACCAUGUAAUUAUAUUAAGUAAGUACUUUAUAUAGUGACUGAUUUUAAGGGUUUUAAAUGUUCAGUGUUUUAACUCUUUUAGUCCCGUGCAAAAUAGACAAAGGGAUACUAGAGCAGUGAAGUCAUAUAGAAGAUGAUUCAAACCAGAGGUCAAUAGAAAAUGCAAAUCAUGAAAACUGCUGUGCUUCAUUCUUCAAACAUUCUUCUAAUUGGUCACUCGACAUAGUUGGUUGAGGAGCUCAAUCAUCGAAUGUGCAUAAUGUGACAGAUCAUUUAAAUGACACUGCAUUGUAUUGGAACAACAAUACGUGCUUAUUAAUCAGUGUCUGGAAUCUUAUGAUAUACUAAACAGAAGCAUGCUAUAAGUAUAGCAACAUACUUCCAAGAAACAAUGUAUUUCAAUGGCAAAAUGAAAAACUCAACACAACAUUCCAAGAGAGUGAAGUUCUAAUAGGAAACAAUUUAAGUUAACAGCAGUAAACAAAUAAUACAGCUGAUCUUGAUGUAAUAAUUUAGUUUCAGUAAAUAACAUAAGUAACUGCAACAGUUUUAGGAAAGUUUCAAAUGGCCUCAGCUGUAGAAUCAAAUCAAUAAAGUCCUGCAGAUUUUGAGGCCAUGAUACGCCAACGUUCCCACUAAUUUACUUCGUAUUUCUAAAGUUAGCCGUUUAACUCUUCGCUCAUUUGUUCGUACAGAUCUUAUCGAAAAACUUGGCUCUGAAGGUGGCUACGAUUAACAAGAUGAAUAAACAAAACACUAUUGACGAAACAUGCGUUCCCACUAAUUUACUUCGUAUUUCUGAAGAUGGCCAUUACUCUUCGCACAUUUGUUCGUACAGAUCUUAUCGAAAAAGUUUGCUCUGAAGGUGGCUACGAAACAAGAUGAAUAAACAAAACACUACUGACGAAGCAUGCGUGAGGCAUUAAAUGACUAACUUCAGAAAGGCAAAGUUUUAAGUGAUUUUUUGUAAAGACCAUUUGAGAUCAUAAGGCAUAAAAAAAAACCCAACAUAUCUAUAUUAUAUGUCUAGUAUAAUCUGUAAACUGCAUUGUAUAUAAAGGCGAGCUUCCGCGAUCUAGUUAUAAGUAAUCGAUAGGUGCUUAGACAUUAAAGUAAGACUGUGUCACGAAUUUAAAUUAUUAACUAGAUAGGUUUAUGCGUUUAUGUACGACGAACAAUAUUCUAUGGUUAAGUGACUUCUAACUUGUAAAGUGCACACAUUGAUCAUUUUUUUUUAACGACGUCAAAAAUCAUCAAAUGACCCCUCCCGCUGUGGGUUAGCAGCGGCGAGGGAGUGUCAGACUCUUACUGACUAAAAAGCGUCGUGUUCCGUCGUAGGCCUUUCAUGUGCCAGGGCCGCGGUAUCUCUUUCGAACAACCCGCAGCCCCGGCAGGUACACAUUGAUCAAGAGAAACAUAAAAAUGAUCUCUACUAUAUCUCAAGAUUUUUGUAUCCUGAAGUAUUUUACGUGUAUAAAGGAAUGGAUGAACUCUGUUUUAGUUAAAAAAAAAACCUAUUACAUCGAGGAGUCCCAAUUUUCGUUUCAUCUUUUGCUCAUAAUUAUUUUUAUCAAUGUGUGUAUUUUAGGAAAUGCAAACAAUCAACGAAUGAUUGAUUCCUAAAAUCAAUGUAAGACCUACGUAAGUUUUUUGCAUUUAUUAUACGUAACCUAUAUCUUUAGAACUUUGUCCAACUUUAGGAUACUUAUACAAGGCUGCCAUCUAGCGGAUUUUGUAUAGCCCUGCAUUGUCUUUUUUUUAAGGUGUAAGGGCCUUUAAAAAGGACACUAACAGUGUUAAGGAUUAUUCCAGGAUAAUUAUAUAUUGAAGGAUAGCCUCACUAAUGGGUCUCGGUAAAAGUUAAAAAUAAUUUAUUUGUACGUAUUUUUUUUAUUCUUGUCUGAUUACGUGGUGGCAGCCUCAAAAAACAUGUGCACUAUAUGUAAGCCAAUGCUAUUUUAGACUUAGCACCUAGAUCUGUAUUGAAGACUAUAUUAAUUAUAAUCUUAAUGUAAUUAGGCCAAGGCUAAGCCAUUGCUUUAACCGUUUAGACUCCUAAGUUGUUAUAUUAGAUGUAAGCAUAAUUAUUUUGUACAACAUACCUACUUAAUGUAAACUAGAACAAUAAAUAUUUUAUUAAAUUAU